AUGAUCGCAAAUAGGAAAACAAUAUCGGUUUUUACGAUUUGUAUUUGUCUCCAGGCAUGCAUUUUGGUAUCAUUUUUGUUUGUAAUUAAUCAGAAUGGUGGCGUGCCUUCGGACUCCGAGCUGGAUCUACAACGCCGAUCGAUACGACUGAUACCGAGACAGUGCGAGACCCUUCAUUUUUUAAUUUGUGUACCUGAACUGGAAGCUGUUCGAUCGCUAAGUGUUUUAGUGAAGUCCGUGAUUAUUCAUCGUGUAAACCCGUUACAUUUUCAUUUUGUAAUCAAUGACUUACAAGUGAACAUUACGAUUCAUAAACUAUUUGAGACUUGGCGACUGCCACAAGCUGAUAUAAGUAUUUAUUCACCCGAAGAACUAGUGGAUGUCCUUCAUAGUGACAACGUUCCAUUUUCAAAGGUCAUAGUCACUGAAGUGCAAACUGUAUUCGAAACCGAUGUCCGAGUCUUUUGGAAUGAAUUUUUCAAUUUUGAGUCGAGCGAGGUUAUUGGACUUGUUGGGACGAUAUGGGAUGCAAACCCAUACAGCCGUGGAUUAAUCUUAAUAAACGUGGAACGACUCAUGAAAAAAAGUAUGCUAGAUGUACUUGAAAAUAUUAUCAUGGAAAGUAAACUCGACCCUGGAAGGCAUCUCCCACCAGAAAAGUCACCGAUGAAGAGAUUGUGGAAAUCGUUUACCGACGACAACAGUAGAGCUGUACGUCUGCUUCCUUGUUAUUGGUAUAUUGAGACAACUUUCAGAUGUUUUGACAGUGUAUCCGAGGUCCUGAGUUUUAAUUCAAAAACCGUGAUCGAAGAAGAUGGACAAAUGGGUUAUGAAAGACGACUUUAUUUUAAAACAGCCCUAUACAGCCUGCAAGACUUAGACGGUAAUCUCCUUCGAAGUCGGAAUAUAACAUGUAACUGGAACGGCAGAAAACCCCAAAUAUCCCCAAUUCCAAUAAGAGAAACAACGCCACAGAAACCAGGUCGUCGUGAUCCGAAAAUUCUGUGUGCCGACUUUUACAAGCGGGAGACAUUAAAAUUACGAACGCAUACGUUUUUUGUAGGAAACCUUCCAGAAGACCCUCCAUCCAACGAUGUCACACUGGCGUUGCAGACAGACUUUUAUCGUCUGAUUCAAAUGUUUGAAUUGGUAGCGAGCUACUGGACAGGUCCAAUAAGUUUAGCUGUUUAUGCAAAUGACCAACAGGCUCACGAAGUGUUUCGAUUUGCCUCCUCGUCCAAGGCAAUGAGAACUAGACACGAUAUUGCCAUUCACAUCGGAUAUGAAGAAAGGGACUUGCGACAGUACCCAUUUAACCAUAUGAGGAAUAUUGCAUUGGGAGAAGUCAGGACGCCAUUCAUUUACAUGAGUGAGAUCGACUUCCUUUAUAAAUCUACAGCAUAUGAAGACAUUCGACGAAGACUCGGCCAUAUUGUGGAAAAACAAGAAGAUGGCGAAAAUCAGGCAAUUGUUGUUCCAGCUUUCGAGACGGAACAUCUUAAUCUGUCCUAUAUCCCGAAGUCUAAGAACGAACUUGUACGACUAUAUACACAGGGAAAACUAAGAUUCUUUCACUCAUUGGAUUUUUCAAAGGGACAUGAAGCCACGAAUUUCACGAAAUGGAUGACAUCGGUUGUUCCAUAUCCGGUGACAUUUAAUCUUGGGUAUGAGCCAUACCUCGUUCUCAGCAAAAAGGGCCUACCAGAGUUCCCUUUGUUGUUUUCAGGAAUGGGGAGAGACAAAAUAAUUUACACGCAGAUGCUUAAGGUUCUCGGGUAUAAACUGUCCGUUUCACCGAAUGCAUACAUGAUUCAUAUGCCACAUUGGCCAAGCACGAGUAAAAUGAUGUGGGAUGCUGAUGGGAAUUAUAGAUGGUGCGUGUAUCAACUCACAGCAAGAUUCUUGAAGAAGUUCAUGAACGAAAAUAAACUAAUAAAUGAGGAAGAUGAAUACAGAUGACAGUAACCCAAAUAAAAUUGACACUUUUACCAGUAUUUGGGGAGAAGUAAUCCGCGGUCACAAAAAACAACUUAUCAUUAUCACCAUAGAGUAUAUUCGCGUGUGCAUCCUCAAAUCACAUAAUUAAAUAAUGGAUGAAAUACAAACGAGUAUAUCUAUGGUUUUAGCGGAUCCACAUAUUCCACUUGCAGUUUAUAUUUACUUUUCAAUAAUUCCCGUCGAAACACUUUGGAUCUUUAAAUACAAACUUUACCCGAUGUUCUAUCUGUUUUGGAAACCGUUAACGCUAAUAUAUGGCCGAGCUGAUGCUAGUUUUGGGUCAUGGUAUUUGCAUGGUUAAUCCCUAGAACAACAAUAUCGCAUCAUCAGCAAAAUAAUAUGCAAAUUAGUCCUUCAUAGAUAUUCAUUGUACAGAUGUUUUUUUUAUUGUACUCCGGCUUGUAUAAACACCCUGCCUUUACAAAUUAUGUGACAAAUAGGAUGCGUAUGAACAGAAAAUAGGCAAAUAAAUGUUAUCUU